AUGGCAGACAACAAGGCUGUGACCAUCCGUACCAGGAAGUUCAUGACCAAUCGCCUUCUCUCCAGGAAGCAAUUCGUGAGUUCUUACAUUCACUACCAGUUACUUCAUCCAGGAAGAUCCAAUGUUUCCAAGACUGAACUAAAGGAUAAACUGGCAAGGAUGUACGAAGUGAAGGACACAAACUCUAUCUUUGUGUUUAAGUUCCGCACCCAUUUUGGAGGGGGGAAGUCCACUGGUUUUGGCUUGAUUUUUGAUUCUGUAGAGAAUGCAAAGAAGUUUGAGCCCAAGUACCGGCUGAUCAGGAAUGGGCUGGAAACUAAGGUGGCAAAGUCAAGGAAGCAACUGAAAGAAAGAAAGAACAGAGCUAAGAAGAUUCGGGGAGUCAAGAAGACCAAGGCCGGUGACGCUGCCAAGAAGAAAUGAGCUUCUGUAUCGUGUAUUUAGGUUGCAUUUGAGGGCAGCGGGUUUCUGUCUCAUCAGCCUCUCUGCCUUAUCUCCACUCUCACUGUCCUGCCUUUUUUUUUCUUUGUUUAGU